AAGAACCAGGUCUCAAACCGUGCUUGGUGUGCUAUAUAUAAGGCAUAGUCAGAGAGCUACCAUGUUCCAAAUUGACUAGCCAUUCCUUUGUAGGAAAAUGAAGACCAAGAUCUUUGUGCUACUAUGUCUUCUCUUCUUAGCUGCUUCUGGGUUUGUCAAUGGCUCUGCUAAGAAGGAGAAGGACCAUAUUAGGUUAUUUGAGCUCAAGAAAGGUGAUCUUUCUUUGAAGGUUUCCAACUGGGGUGCAACACUUGUGUCUCUAGUCCUUCCUGAUAAGCAUGGGAAGUUGGGUGAUGUUGUUCUUGGAUAUGACUCUCUCAAGCAAUAUACUAAUGAUUCAACAUACUUUGGAACUACUGCUGGUCGGGUUGCUAACAGAAUUGGAGGAGCUCAAUUUACUCUAAAUGGAAUCCAUUACAAAUUAAUUGCCAAUGAAGGAAACAACACGCUUCAUGGUGGACCCAGAGGAUUCAGUGAUGUUCUAUGGAAAGUGGAAAGGUAUGUAAAAGAAGGUGACAAACCCAGAAUCACCUUCAGUUACCACAGUUUUGAUGGUGAAGAAGGAUUUCCUGGUGAUCUGCUGGUAACUGUGAGCUACAUUCUUGGGAGCAAAAACUCUCUGAGUAUAAUCAUGAAAGCAAAAGCUCUAAACAAGCCUACUCCAGUGAAUCUGAUUAACCAUGCUUAUUGGAACCUAGGAAACCACAACAGUGGAAACAUUUUAGGUGAAGUGGUUCAAAUUUUCGGGUCCCGAAUCACAGUUCUUGAUAGCCAUCUCAUUCCCACUGGUGAAAUUGCUUCUGUGAAAGGAACCCCAUAUGAUUUCCUUAAGCCACAAGUUGUUGGGGCCAGGAUCAACCAGUUGCCAAAAACUAAUGGCUAUGACAUCAAUUAUGUGCUUGAUGGUGGAAAAAGCAAAGGAUUAAUCAAAUUGGCGGCGAUAGUGAUGGAUAAGAAAUCAGGGAGAGUGAUGAAGCUCUUUACAAAUGCUCCAGGGUUGCAGUUUUACACUGCUAAUAAAGUGAAGAAUGAGAAGGGGAAAGGUGGGUUUGUUUAUCAACCGCGUGCAGGGUUGUGUUUGGAGUCUCAAGUCUUCCCUGACUCUGUGAAUCACCCUAACUUUCCCUCAAGUAUUGUGACCCCUGAAAAGCCUUAUAAACAUGUUAUGCUACUUAAGUUUUCCACCAAAGCUCCAUAUGCUUUUUCACAGUCCUAAGCAUUCUGAGCUUUCAGCCACUUUUCAUGUGUGCUCAGUUUUCAGUGUAGCAUGAGUUCAUGCAAACUUUAGUUCAAUAAAAUGAAUAAUAAGGGAGUGCACAUUUACCUC